UUUAGCUGUCUCAGUUCUGCGUCCGCAGCCAAAGCAAAACAUGGUUUGGUGGGAAGCAGUUCUCUCUCCGGCCCUGCAGAGGACAAGCAGUACGAUAAUCCGGCCAUCGAAACCUGGCUAGAUAUGCUUAAAGAAACGACCUAUGAAGCUGAGGACAUAUUGGAUGUGUUGGCCACGGAAGCAUUGAGAUGCAAGUUGCAAGUCGGCUCUAAAAACACGAGGAAUCAGGUGCGCAAUUGGAACUUGGUACCUCCUUUUAGAUCAUUUGAUGACACGAUCAAGUCAAAGAUAAUGGAAAUUGUCGAUAAAUUAGAAUACAUUGCAAAACAAAAAGAUUUGCUUGGACUAAAAGGUGAAGGUGGGAGGAAGUUUAGAAUCACGCGAAGAAUGCCAACGACUCCACUACUCGUUGAGUCUCGUGUUUUCGGUAGGGAUGAUGACAAAGAAGAAAUAAUUAGGUUACUUUUGGGCAGUGAUUGUGAAAGGCAAACUAGUGAGUUCUCUGUAGUCCCUGUUUUGGGGAUGGGUGGAAUUGGUAAGACUCUGCUUGCUCAAUUUGUCUUCAAUGACAGAAGGGUGGAUGAGUUUUUUGAUGUGAAAGCUUGGGCCUGUGUGUCUGAUCAAUUUGAUAUGGUAAGGAUAACAAAGGCAAUUCUUGAAUCAGCCACUCAGAAGUCGUGGGAAACCAUGAACUUGGAGCUACUACAGAGUAGCUUAGGACAGAAGCUAAGUAAAAAGAAAUUUCUCGUCGUCUUAGAUGACUUAUGGGAUGACAACUAUGAGAAUUGGCACGAGUUAAUGGUAUCUUUGCUUGCUGGUGCUCGUGGAAGUAAAAUAAUGGUCACAACGCGCAAUGAAGCUGCUUUGUCAUUUAUGAAUACCGGCGCGCCUUAUCGUCUCAGGGAAUUGUCAGACGAUGCUUGUUGGUCAUUGUUUUCUCGACAUGCUUUUCCAAAUGCUGACUCAGGAACUCGUCAUCAGCUGGAAGUUAUUGGUCGAGAAAUUGUGAAGAAGUGCAGAGGCGUGCCUUUGGCUGCGAAAUCUUUGGGAAGCCUUCUUGGCUCCAAGUUAGGGAUUGACCACUGGCAAGAGAUCUUGCAUAGUAAUCUCUGGGAUUUGCCAACAAGAAGAAACAGCAUCCUUCCUGCUCUGCAGUUGAGCUAUCAACACCUUCCUGCAAAUCUAAAGCGAUGUUUUGCAUAUUGUUCAUUAUUCCCAAAGGACUACGAAUUUGACAGAGACAAGCUAGUCUUGCUAUGGAUGGCUGAAGGGUUCGUUCAGCAAGGAGAAGAUAAUAAAAGAAUGGAAGAUCUAGGUGUGGAGUACUUUAAUAAUCUGUUAUCAAGAUCAUUUUUCCAGGAGUCAACUGCAGAUAAAUCACGGUACGUCAUGCAUGACCUGAUUAAUGAUUUAGCUCAGCUAGUGUCGAGAAAGAUGCGCCUAAGCUUCGAGGGUAGAUCAGGGCUGCAAAAGCCAACUGGUUUUUCGGGAAAGGCUCGUCACUUCUCCUAUCCUCGUGGUAGAUAUGACGUGUACAAGAAAUUCGAAUCCUUAAUGGAAGUUGAGUGGUUGCGGACAUUCCUGCCGUUGUCUCCAUAUGAGACCGGAUUUUGUUACUUAAGCAAUAAGGUGGUCACAGAUCUUUUGCCUAGGUUGAGAUGCCUGAGGGUGCUUUCUUUGAGUGGCUAUUGCAUCACUGAGCUACCCAACUUGAUCGGUGAUUUGAAAAAUCUCCGUUACCUGAAUCUCUCACACACUGCCAUUAAAUCUCUACCUCAAUCUGUAUGUACUCUAUACAACCUGCAGACACUGAUGUUAAAUGAUUGUGAUUCUCUUGAAGAGUUGCCUACAGAUUUGACAGACCUAAUUAACUUGCAUUAUUUCGAUAUAAGCGGGAGCAUAAUAUCGUGCAUGCCUUCGCAUAUGAGUAGACUGAGAAAUCUUCACACUUUGCCUGAAUUUGUUGUGGGCCCUAAAAGCGGUUCUGACAUAGGAGAGUUGCGCGAUAUGGUGCAUCUUCAUGGAGCGCUUACCUUAUCAAGGUUGGAGAACGUUGAAGAUGCUUGGGAUGCAAGGAGGGCCAAUUUGACAAAUAAGAAGCACCUGACCACAUUGACAAUGGAAUGGAGCAGCAACUUUGAAUUGCAAGACGAAAAUGUUCAGAUAACCGUCCUUGAGAUGCUACAACCUUAUUCGAAAGUAAAGAAGGUCGACAUAAGAAGUUAUGGAGGCACGAGGUUUUCGUCUUGGUUGGGGGACCCUUCCUUCUCUAACAUGGUGUUUCUCAGCCUCACAGAUUGUCGAAGAUGCAUGUGCUUACCCCCAUUGGCUCAGCUAUCCUUGCUGAAACAUCUCUGCAUCGAGGGACUGACUGCUGUGAAGAGCGUUGGUGUGGAAUUUUAUGGCUAUGCCUUAUCUCGUGGCAAGCCUUUUCCCUCGCUGGAGACACUUAUUUUCAAAGACAUGUUGGAGUGGGAGGAGUGGUCUUGUUCUCUAGAUGAUAAAGGAAUUGUAGCGUUCCCGAGCCUUCGCGAGCUUUAUAUUGAGAGAUGUCAGAAUCUAAAAGGAAAACUAUCCAACCAUCUUCCUUGCUUGGAGAAACUUGUGAUUCAUGAAUGCAAGCUCUUGGUAUCUCCACUCCCAAGGCUUCCUCUGCUCUGUCGACUAGACAUUAAAGGAUGUGACGCAUUAUCACUUGGAACCGCCCUCGAUAUGAGCUCACUUCUCUCCUUGCAAAUCAGUGAGAUCUCAAAUCUCACUCAUUUCAACCCGGGUCUGAUGCAACAUUUGACACGGCUCGAGCAUUUAAAUAUCACGGACUGCACUGAUCUUAACUAUUUGUGCGAAGAUGAUGGUGGGUUUCAACAGUUGACUUCCCUUCGGAGUAUGGUAAUUCGCUAUUGUCCACAAUUGAUUGCUUUGACCAAGAAAGAGCAACAUCUGCCGAAGGAUAUUGAGUAUCUGGAGUUGGAGCAUUGUCAUAGUCUACAGACUCUGCCGGCCGCGCUUCACAGUCUCACAUCUCUUCAAGAGUUGACAAUCAAGCACUGCCCUGCAAUUGUAUCAUUCACCGAGACAAAUGUUCCGUCCAUGCUAAGGGGACUGGCAAUUCGCGGAUGCAACCUGGAGUCCCUGCCUAGAGGGAUAAUUUAUAACAGGCAUACAUCGCUCGAGUAUCUGUACAUAAGCGGAUGCUAUUCCCUCACCUCCUUUCCGAGAACAGGUGAAGUCAUUCCCACCUCUUUCCAGCAGUUGUCUAUCGACCUUUGUCCGGAUUUGGAGUCGCUUCCCCGUGGAAUAAUGCUACGGGACAAUGUCCUUCUCAAGGUCUUGGAGAUCUUCGACUGCUCCUCUCUGAUAUCCUUCCCGAGUGGCCAAUUACCGCUCACACUGAAGACGCUGACCAUCUGUAGCUGUUCGAAUCUGGAGUCAGUAGCCGACAUCCUAAGUCAAGAUGGUGAAAUGGUUCUCGAAUCUUUUCGUGUCGGCAACUGCACAAGUCUCGUGUCCUUACCCAAUGGCCUGCACAAGCUGGCUUCUCUUGAUUAUUUGGAAAUCGAAAAGUGUCCGAGUCUGACAUAUUUCCCUGAAGGAGGACUUCCCAUGGCCAAUCUCAAAAGGGUCCAUAUUGAGAACUGCGAGAACCUCAGGGCAUUGCCAGAGCAAAUGCAGAAUCUGACUGCUCUUCAGGAACUGUGCAUUUCAGACUGUCCACGAAUUGAGUCCUUCCCAGAAGGCGGCUUACCCAUCAAACUAGUAUCCCUAGAGAUCAAAGAUUGCGAGAGCAUUAGCCCCUUGGCCGACUGGGCCUUCCAUAGACUGAACUCGCUCGAGAAAUUAUCAGUAACCGGGGGAUGCUCGACUCUUUCGACUUUCCCCGAGUGGAUGCUUCCUCCCACUCUCACCAGCCUUCACCUGGAAAGGCUUCCGAACCUGGAGUUUCGAACUAACUGGUUGCAGAACCUGACAUCCCUGGAAGAUCUUAGGCUUAAAGAUUGUCGGAAGCUCCACUCUUUGCCCGUCGAGGGGCUUCCCGCCACUCUUUCACGCCUGGAAGUCAGUGGCUGCCCCCUGGUCGAGCAACAAUGCGAAAGAGAAUGGACGAAGAUCGACCACAUCCCGUGCAUAUUAAUGUAGACUCUGCCGCAAAAACUGAUACCAGCAUAAAGAUGAAGCUCUCCGUUUUCGCAACUCCCGAAUCUAUCAUAACGAGUGAACAACUGAGGUGUUAAUUCAGCCCGUCUCUUUUUCAUUGUCCAAGAUGCGCACUGUGUAUUAUUGGGUAGUUGCUAGCCAGUCGGUAGUACUGGAAAGUGGUCAAGCUAGCUUGCUAUCAUUCAUCACACAACACGCUUGGCUCAUCAAACACAAGAAUCUAUUGGCCAAAAACAUGUGCUGUUCAAGUGUUCAUCAUCUGCUAGAGUUUCCAAUUCCAGCAAGUCUUUCGACAGAUGCUGGGGUUUUUCUACUUGUCCCAUUUUGUUAUAUUCCCCUCCUUUUCACUGAAAUUGCAUUUUCAGAAGCUCGCUUGAAUCGAGAUAAGGAAACUAUCAAAAAAAGAA